AUGGCGGUCCGUUGUGAGGCGAUUGGCCUGAAAAGGCUCUGCCUAGGUGCCUUCGCCGCUCUGUAUCUGGCAGGGACCCACUCGGCUCAUGCAGGGGACACCUCGGAUGCAACUUCAAACCCUUGGGGCGACUCUUUGCUGAAAUAUAAUAUACCCUACAUCCACGGUAGCGGGGUGUACGUGGACCUAGGGAACGAGAAGGUGGUGAAAAGCCGGCGGUACAGAGAACCAGCGGGUAUGUGUCCUGUGAUGGGGAAGGUAAUAACCCUACAGCAGCCGACAACAGAUGCUGCAGUCUGGCCGAACGAUUAUUUGGCUCGCGUUCCUAUAAAGGACUCUGCUCAGGAUGUGCAGCCUCUGGGAGGAGGCUUUGGAAUGUGGGAGACAAAGCCUGUCAAGAUAAGCCCUUUGACGGUCUCAGAGCUACAGCAGAUGGCCGAAAAACAGCGCAAGAAGAACAAUCCUAGCGCCCCGGCCACUAAGAAGCUCGAGGAGGUGCAAGACGACCAUGGGCUCUGCGCAUGGUGGGCGUGGACGACGUACGCACCAAACAACAGCAACAACUUAGACGAUAAGUAUCGAUAUCCCUUUGUGUGGGAUGAGGAUAAAAAGGUCUGCACUCUCUUGGCUGUCUCGAUGCAGAUGCUCCAGGGGGCGGGCAAGUACUGCACAGCAGGGAAUGACUCUCCUAAUCUGACUUGGUAUUGUUUUUACCCCGAAAAAACCAAACAAAAGGUCUCCUAUAACUCCCCCUACAUCCGCUUAGACCAUGCCUCUGUCUGUCCUGAGAAGCCGCUUAACGGUGCCCACUUUGGUGUCUGGAACGGCACCACAUGCGCCCGCAUGGUGCCUCGUCAGAGGAUGCAUGUUGAUGCGCCUGAGGAUUGCGGGAAGGCCGUCUUCAAGGCUUCUGCUUCAGAUAACCCCACAAGAUACACCCAAGCUCCCACUGCUCAGGGAACUCGAGAUGACGCAACGGAAGUGGUGGCAUCAAUGUGGCCUGUGGGAGCCUUCGGGCAAGACCAGCCGGACUCAAAAGGAGUGGGAGUAAACUACGCUAACUGGUUUUCAGACGGCACUUGCGAGCUGUACGACACCGUGCCUACAUGUCUCACCCCCGCCUCUUACCAGGUAGCCUUUACUUCGCUGGGGUCGAUCGACCCCACAGAUGCCGAAUUGCCCCCCUGCAAUGCCGCCUCUGAAGGAUGGAAAAUCUACACCUACUGCGAAUGCGGAGAAGGGCAAAGCGAACCUUGGGAGUGUAAAAACGGCGCAUGGGUGGGAGGCAGUAAUGAAUGCGAAUGCGGAAGCUAUCUCCCAUUGGCUUUGGGUCUCAGCGUUGGUUUGCUGGUGCCGGUCGCAGCGAUUGCCGGUUAUUUCUUCUACAGGCGGCGGAGGCAGAGCAACCAAGGCAGACCCACAGAAAAAAAGAGACUCCUCAGUGAAGACCAGGGAACAGACGAGGAGUUCUCUAAAGUGGACCAGAGAAGACAGCACAAGCGAAGUGACUUUGCACAGGAGGCAGAGCCCUCCUUCUGGGGAGAGACGCAGCAGGACCAGACAAAUGUCAUGAUUGACGAUAACACACACGAGGCAUACUACUGA